AUGGCUAAAGCUGCUAAGAAGAAAUUCACUUCAGCUCCUGAUCCAACAGGUAGGAAAGUGGCUGCUGACAAAAAUUUGAAUUCAGUUUUCAAAUUCAAUACUGAUUUAGGUCAACAUAUCUUGAAAAAUCCUUUAGUUGCUCAAGGGAUUGUGGAUAAAGCUAAUAUCAAACCUAGUGAUACUGUAUUGGAAGUUGGUCCAGGUACUGGUAAUUUAACAGUUAGGAUCUUAGAACAAGCUAAAAAUGUAAUUGCUGUGGAAAUGGAUCCAAGAAUGGCAGCUGAAUUGACUAAAAGAGUUCAUGGUACUCCUCAACAAAAGAAGUUGGAAAUUUUAUUAGGAGAUUUUAUGAAGACUGAUUUACCUUACUUCGAUGUUUGUAUUUCCAACACUCCUUAUCAAAUUUCAUCCCCUUUGGUUUUCAAAUUAUUGAAUCAACCAAGACCUCCAAGAGUUUCAAUCUUAAUGUUUCAAAGAGAAUUUGCUUUAAGAUUAUUAGCCAGACCAGGUGAUUCUUUAUACUGUAGAUUAUCAGCCAACGUUCAAAUGUGGGCUAACGUAACACAUAUUAUGAAAGUUGGUAAGAAUAACUUCAGACCUCCACCUCAAGUUGAAUCUUCAGUGGUGAGAAUCGAAGUUAAAAGUCCCAGACCAAAUAUUGAUUUCAAUGAAUGGGAUGGAUUAUUAAGAAUUGUUUUCGUUAGAAAGAAUAAAACCAUAGCUGCUGGAUUCAAAUCUUCAAACAUCUUGGAAAUUUUAGAAAAAAAUUAUAAAACUUUCUUAGCUACUUCUGAAGAUUCCAUGAUGAUUGAUUCUAAAACUUCCAUGAUUGAUGUAGUUAAAGAAAAGAUCGAAAAAGUAUUAACGGAAACAGGAUAUUCCGAUAAAAGAGCUGCUAAGUUAGAUCAAACAGAUUUCUUGAAAUUAUUGUAUGCAUUCCAUCAAGUGGGUAUACAUUUUGCAUAG